ACUUAAACGUCAACCAGACGUUCAAUCAAGAUCAAGUUUUUGGAUUUCUGGAAAGGUGUCCACGAAACGAACCAAGAUUGACACGCUUUCAAUUUAUUUUUAUAAAUAUUGAAAAGCAACAUAUUUAUAUAAUAAAUUAUUAUCGCUUUAUUAGUAAAUAAUCUAAUUACCUAAGAAAAAUCUGUGACCAUGGCUACUAUUUUAGACAAAAUCGCUGCGAUCGAGUCGGAGAUGGCCCGUACUCAAAAAAAUAAGGCUACUGCUCUUCAUUUAGGCCUUCUGAAAGCCCGUCUAGCGAAGUUGAGACGAGAACUUAUCACUCCAAAGGGAGGCGGCGGCGCAACCGGUGAAGGCUUUGAUGUGGCCAAAACUGGUGAUGCCCGUAUAGGCUUUGUGGGUUUUCCAUCGGUGGGCAAGUCCACAUUACUUUCAAAUUUAGCAGGAGUAUACUCGGAGGUGGCAGCUUACGAGUUCACAACUCUGACAACUGUGCCCGGUUGUAUUAAAUAUAAAGGUGCUAAAAUUCAGCUCCUGGAUCUUCCUGGUAUCAUUGAGGGGGCAAAAGACGGCAAAGGUCGUGGUCGUCAAGUCAUAGCCGUAGCUCGAACAUGCAGCCUCGUAUUCAUAGUGUUGGAUGUACUGAAGCCGCUGCAACAUAAGAAACUCCUGGAGCACGAGUUGGAAGGCUUCGGGCUGCGGUUAAACAAACAGCCUCCAAACAUACACUUUAGGAAAAAAGAUAAAGGAGGAAUUAAUUUAAACACUACAUGUCCUCAAUCGGAACUGGAUAUGGAAACAGUGAAGACAAUCCUCUCCGAAUACAAGAUACACAAUGCUGAUAUAACACUUCGUUACGAUGCUACUAGCGACGAUCUAAUUGACGUCAUUGAAGGCAACAGAAUCUACGUACCUUGCAUCUACCUGCUCAAUAAAAUUGAUCAAAUCAGCAUAGAAGAACUGGAUGUGAUCUACAAAAUCCCACACUGCGUCCCAAUCUCCGCCCACCACAAAUGGAAUUUCGAUGAUCUACUAGAGAAAAUGUGGGAGUACCUCAAACUGAUCAGAAUAUACACUAAACCGAAAGGACAGCUGCCGGACUACAACGCGCCGGUUGUGUUGCACGCGGACAGAACGAGUGUUGAGGACUUCUGUAAUAAACUGCAUAGGUCAAUCGUCAAGGAAUUCAAAUAUGCACUAGUGUGGGGAUCCUCAGUGAAGCAUCAGCCGCAAAAGGUCGGUAUCGACCACGUCCUGGCCGACGAAGACGUCGUACAAAUUGUAAAGAAAGUGUAAAGUAAACAAUACUUGAGAGUAUAUUUUUGAGAAGUAAAUUCAUCCUAUUGGUAUGACAUUUUAGUGUCCGGUGAUUGUGGAUUUAUAGAAUUUUCUCGUAUUUGAGUGUUUUCCCGGUUACUUUCUCAGCCGUUGAGCGGCGGUCGUUGCCCAGGGUCCGCUUUCAUACUUUUUCGUCUUAACUCUGCACGGUCGUUGACAUCCCUAAUUGUCAGACCAUUGGCACGCAUAUCAUCCUUGACGACAUCAAGCGUUUCGCCCCUUCUGCCAGAGCCAGGCAGGAGCAGCUUAAAGACAUUAGUAAUCUAUUAUUAAUAUUAGUUCUAUAAGACAUCUGCUUCAUUAAAAUAUUUAUAUAACAGGAAAAUAUGUAACGAUAUUUAUAUAAAUUUUCGGUAUACGUAAGUGUGAUAAUACAUAUACCAAUAUUGUUGUUAAGAAUAAAAUUAAAAUUACACUAAUAUUAUCGUAAUGACACAUUCAUUGGACACUAAAUGAAAUAUUGUUGUUAAUGAAUUAUAAUAAAAGAGGUUUGUUUUAUCUUGUUGAUUAAAAUAAUCAGUAAUGCAUUUAUUUGAAUACUAACAUAAGAUUGUAACUCAGGUUAUAUAGGUGUGAAAACGCAAGUGAAACUAGUAAACAAUAGGAUCGUUGUUGUAAUUGACAGCUUUUCUGAAAAAUAUUGCGAAUUAUGGACAGUCUUCUGCAGUUGAUAAAUUUUUAUCAUCUACUUAUUAUCGAAUUUACGAAUUAUUCACUACAACUGUGAGCGAAGUGCGGGUUUGCAUUUUCACUUGUCAUCGAUGCGAAGUGUGACGCAGCGAACCAAUAACAUUGCAGUGUGGUUGUCGCUGCGUCACAAUGGCGCAAUGUGAUUGGUUCGCUGUGUCUAUUCUCUGGUGUAAUGCUGAUUAUGCACACAGGCAAACAGUUCGCCACACUUUUGCUGUUACGACGUACAUUUCUCGAGGUAAAUAAAACCUCUCUUAUGAACUACGCAAUGUAUGCAUGGAUUUAAGAAGUACUGCGAGUACCUACGUCAGCAGCUGUCUCAGAUUGGCGAUAGUGUAUAGCUGGCUUAAGAGUAAGCUAUGUCCUAAUCAUGGAUUUAGUAAGUACUUCCGAGUGCCUACUAAUUCCAUGGCCCUAUACAGCUAAUAAUUGUUUCAUCAUUCAAUGAACGUUGUGAAAUUCGCUCAUAUACCUAUUUUUGAAAUUACUUUUUACUGUCAAAUAAUUUCUAAAAAAUAUUUCACUGGUACGAAUCACCUUAUUUAGUGAACUUAAUGCCGGCCAUGCAUUAUCCCGGAACAGUUCGCCGAAUUUUGGCGGAUUCGGCAUUCUUAGUUAUGAUUAUAUGAACUAGGUACCUACGCAAUGUUCGUGCAUUCGCGUCGACAUCUGUCUGAAUUCGGCGAUAAUGUUUGUGGCUGUGGUGGAUUAGCGUAGUGGUAAUUACGUUGUCACUUUAAUAAGCUAUAUAAUGUUAAACAUUAUAAUAAUAUGCAUUUUGUUUUAUAUUCAGUGGGAUGUUUUUGCAAAUGUAUGUACAGAAUAUAAUAAAAACAGUAAAUUUA